AUAGAGGUAGCUUGGUAACCUUUUGUGUGAGUUCAAGAUGGCGGGCGAAUUUUAAGAAAAUCGACUUGCGGGAUAUACAUCCGUGAUGUGUUUGUUUUAAGAGUUCUCACGGGCUGACAAAAUGGAAGUACUGAAUGACAAGGCCGCUAUGUUGAGCAAUUAUGAGGUGUAUCAGCUAUUGCUAGAAACAGAAAACCAAAACAAAGUUGACAAGAGCAAGAAGAGACAGAAACACCUUGUAAACCUGUCAACAAUUUGCUAUGAGGCCAGAAAACAUUUGGAGAAAACUCCUUGCAAACACCAGAGUCCAGAGAUAAUAGAAGAAUUUCUGAAAGCCAUGCAGCCAUUCAACUUAACAAGAGCAGAGAAGCUUCAAUUGUUGAAUCUGAGACCAACAACACUGGUUGAAAUUCAUCUGAUCAUUGAAGAUAGUGAAGAGCGUUUGAAAACUGAUCAAGAGAUUGAGGAACUUUUGAAUGUAAUUGCCACAAAGCUUCCUGAUCCUAAUGAAGAGACAGUGGUUGAGGAAAAACAGGAAGAUGAAGAAGAAAUGUCUUAGUGGACAAAAUGAACUAAUGAAACAACACAUUUCAUUCAAGAAAAUGAUAGAAUUAGAAGAUAUUUAACGACUAUUUUUAACUUUUAGAUUGUUUGUGAGUAUCCGUAGGCAUGGAAUUUCAAUGGCAAUUUCAUCCAAAAAAUAACAAUAUUUAUGUUAGCCUAAAACAAAAAUUGAUUGCUUAUGAGGGAUGGGAUAUCCUAGUUGGUAGUAGUCGUGAUGACAUGCUUUAUUGAAAAUUAAAAACUUAACAUGUCACUUUCUAAA